AUGCAACAGUAUAAGAGCAAAUCAAAGCCUUCCCGCUCGUGGAGCGAAUAUAAGUGGUCAGAACAAUACAAGCAGUGGUACUCCGAGCGAGUAGAUCGGCAUGGCAAUCUCGAGUACUCCUGGGCCGGGUCUGCCCAACCCGCCCAAAAUGACCAGACAGUCCCUCGCUCCGACCUCUCGAUCAAUCCCAUUGACCACAUAAUCGACGGUGUUGCCAACCUCGGUGUUAGUCGUGCUACUUAUAGCCAAGGCCAAUCUAUCGACUAUCAAGGCCAACAUGCCUCCAACGAUCCUGCCACUUUCAAUCCUGCCACUUCACCGAGCUACACUCAUAGCGGCCACUCGCAAUCUCGGAAGGGCAAGGGCAAGGAGGUCGCAGCCAGCAAACAGGGGAACUAUACUCAUGGUCAUCAUCAAGACGCUCCACGCCAGGCCAUGAGCUCCAGCGCGGUACCCUCAAGCUCAUAUCAGGCUCAACCACAUACACAAUAUCAAACCUCGAGCCUCGGGUCUAGUGGUGGGCGCGGAACAGCACCAUCGAUGUCACCCAGUGUCAAUCUUGGACAGCAGCCAAACACGUAUUACUCGGAGCGAAACGAUUAUACUGCCGAGGACCUAGCAUACGAAGAAGCCAUACGCAGGAGUAAGGAGAAGUAUCAAGGGCAGAGCAAGUCUGGCGAAUCAUCAAAUGCUGCAAAUUCAACAUAUGGCACAGGAUCUACGGCUUGGCCCACUACCGUCGACCCUGGCACGUACGCUGCAAACCCCGCUGUCGUGGCAGACAAUGACACAACGCCCAGGGGCACCCCAGUUCCUUCAUCUGCUGGGCCAGCACCGGCAUCAUAUUCCAACUACAUCCAUGGGACCCCCGGAACCGAGGAACUCCUGGACAGCCGCUUCAGAGUAGAGUACUCAGGCAGGUUUCAACCGGGUGAGGUCUUCAAGAUACUAUGGGCUGAGCCUCUUGGCCAAGUUGGGAUGGACGACCCGAUUUCCGACACCAAGGAGCUAAAGACCCAAACAGGACGGUUCUAUGUUGGCUUUAGGAGGUUCAUCAUAGUGACCACAGACGAGAGCCAUCAUAGUACCUGCGUGCCAAUCUUGACCUACGACCGAAGAGGCUGUGGGAAGCGAGGUGUGAAAGCCAAUAAACACGGCAUCAUCUACGCGGCAGGAAGCAAGCCGAGACUUCUCAGAGACGAACCGUCUCUCGGGUUCUCCCCAGUGGCUCUCAGCAUCUACGCGGAAGGCGAGAAACUCGCAAAGGAGUCUCGAGUCAACUACUCCAAGCUAAUCACCAUCGAGCACAAUGUCAAGGUCUUCUUCAUAGGCUCGAUUGCGCAGGACCAUUUCGAAAAUGUCCGGUACGCAGUCAACGACUGCUGGGACAAGAAGAUGCACAGGUCAUCUACGAAGAAGCCCAAGCGAUAG